AUUCAUGAAAAAGUUGAAAUCAAUUAAAAAAGGCAAAAAUAUUUGGGCAGGAGACGCCAAUAAUCCUCAGAGAUUCCCUCUCCCACUUGACAUUUGUGUCUCCCCUUUUCUUUCAUUCUUCUACGCUCAUAAAUUCAGACACUAAAAACUCUUUCUUCCUUCUCUCUCUCUCUUCUUUCUCUCUCCUCUGAAGAUCGGAUUUCUUCGUCUAUGGCGUCGCUCAUUGAAUCUGGAUGGCAGUAUCUGGUCACUCAUUUCAGCGACUUCCAAUUGGCUUGUGUUGGAAGUUUCAUCCUUCAUGAGAGUGUCUUCUUCUUAUCAGGACUCCCUUUUAUAUUCCUUGAGAGGGGAGGAUACCUUAGCAAAUACAAGAUUCAGGCGAAAAACAACCCUCCUGAGGCUCAGGAGAAAUGUAUAACACGCCUAUUGCUGUACCAUUUUUGUGUCAAUCUGCCAGUGAUGCUCUUAUCUUAUCCUGUCUUUAGAGCUAUGGGGAUGCGAAGUAGCCUACCCCUGCCAUCCUGGAAAGAAGUGGUGCCUCAGAUAGUAUUUUACUUCAUCCUUGAAGAUUUCGUGUUUUACUGGGGACACAGGAUACUGCAUACGAAGUGGCUAUACCAGCACGUUCACAGUGUCCACCAUGAGUAUGCUACGCCAUUUGGACUGACUUCUGAAUAUGCUCAUCCAGCUGAGAUACUAUUCCUUGGCUUUGCAACUAUUGUCGGACCUGCUAUCACAGGUCCUCAUUUGUUUACUCUCUGGUUGUGGAUGGUCCUUAGAGUUCUUGAGACCGUUGAGGCACACUGUGGUUAUCACUUUCCUUGGAGCCCAUCAAACUUCAUCCCGUUAUAUGGAGGUUCUGAUUUUCAUGACUAUCAUCAUCGGUUGCUGUACACAAAGUCUGGGAACUACUCAUCAACAUUUAUGUACAUGGACCGGAUAUUCGGUACGGACCAUGGUUAUAGAACCUUGAAGUUGCUGAAGGCUGCUGAAGCUGACCUCUUAGCUGACGCCAAGAAGAUGUAAGAAUUGAAGAAUAUUUUUUGGUGCCAUUCUUCCGAUCUGCAGGGAAUCGAUGCAGUCACUUGGUCUUAGUGUUUCUCUAGCCCAUUUCUUUGAUAUAUGUCGUGUGUAGUGACCCCAUUCCUUUGAUCCAUGUUGCGAGUAGUAACCACAACCCCUAUUAUGUGUUUCAUUACUUUUUUGUUUGAGUGUGUUGUUGGAUAGAACGUUUGUAUUCCUUCUCUUCCUUCAAUGGAUGAAAAUGUUAAUUUCAUUAUAAACCUUUUUUCAGCUGCUUUGAUAA